AUGUCACGGCAAUCACUGCAUCAAAGCUCAGAGCCGCCGCCAUCACACGCCGCGUCCUUGUUUGCCUCGACGCGUCUGCACGAGCCAUUGACGCGUCUAUCAUCACCUCUUGCCGGACCAUCAUCUGGGCCGCGCUUUCGCUCCAUCUCGCGCGACCCAUCAAAGAGGGAAGACAAGUUCCAGCGCGCACGCGAGGCGUCCCAGCGGCGGCUAUACGACGCCUGGGACGCCAUCUCGGCCAAGUACGCCGACAUUCGCCCAGAGGAAGAUGACGAAGUAGACAUCUUCACUGGUCGCAUUACAGUCGAUCGCGGUCGUCUACGCGCUCUGGAAACUCGUGAAUUUGCCGACGGCCUCUCGGACGGCAGCGAUCUCGAGGAAGAGGAUGACGACCCGUUACCCCAAGGACCGGAAUCCGCGUACUUUGGGCCCGAUGAGGACGAGCUGGGAGACUGGGAUGACCGGUCUGGACUUGACACCCAGGAGCCUCCUGAGGAGGUCGAAGAGGAGUGGACUGUCGAGGACGAGAUGGACCUCCGCGCGUUCCAUGCUGCCGAGGCACGACUUCGAGGGUCCGAAGGGUAUCCCGACAGCGCGGCCGUAACUCGGUCGGUCCUCAAGGGGAAGGGCAAGGUGCCGUCACUGGAGGACUUGUUCAUUGACAGCGAGUCGGAGAGCAACGCCGAGGAUAGGAGAGGAGGGGAAACAACACUCGCGAUCGUUGCCGACCCUCAUUUCCUCGUCUAA